CGCGCGACACGCACCCUUCCCGUGGGGCGAGCGGAACGCCCCUACCCCCUGGCCCCUCGCGCGCACCCGCAGCAGCUGCACCAGCAGCCCCGGCCAACACCGCGCGAGCACCCGCCCCUUCACCUACCUGCGCCCCUCCCCCCCAGACUGGGCACCUCUCGAGCCGGGCAACCUCCGCAACGCCCUCCCCACCCUCUGUCCCUUUGUCCCUGGGCGGCGUGCCGAGCUCGAGGCAGAGCCGAGGCCCGUUGAGAACAUGGCGCUUAUCCCCUGCCAGGUGCUGAGAGUGGCCAUCCUGCUAUCUUACUGCUCCAUCCUAUGCAACUACAAGGCCAUUGAGAUGCCUGCGCACAAGACCUACGGAGGCAGCUGGAAAUUCCUGACGUUUAUAGACCUGGUUAUCCAGACUGUCUUUUUUGGAAUUUGUGUACUGACUGAUCUUUCCAGUCUCCUGACCAGAGGGAGUAGUAGCCAAGAGCAAGAAAGACAGUUAAAGAAGCUUAUCUCUCUCCGUGACUGGAUGUUGGCUGUCUUGGCCUUUCCUAUUGGAGUAUUUGUGGUGACUGUGUUUUGGAGCAUCUACAUGUAUGAUAGAGAGAUGGUUUACCCGAAAUUACUUGAUAAUUUUAUUCCUGCUUGGCUGAAUCAUGGAAUGCAUACAACAGUGCUGCCGUUUAUAUUAAUUGAGAUGAGGACAUCACAUCAUCAGUAUCCCAGCAAGAAAUAUGGAAUUGCUGCCGUGAGCACCUUUGCCUUUGGCUAUAUAUUAUGGGUGUGUUGGGUGCAUCAUGUAACAGGGAUUUGGGUGUACCCUCUCUUGGCACACAUUGGCCCAGGACCCAAAUUGGUCUUCUUUGGGAUCGCAACCAUUUUAAUGAACCUUUUAUACCUGCUGGGAGAAGUUGUGAACAACUAUAUCUGGGAUACUCAGAAGAGCCCACCUUCCCUUCGGGGUAUGGAAGAAAGUAAAGAGAGACCUAAACUGGAAUGAAAUGGAAGUCCUGCAUGAAGAAUUGAGUUGUGUCUCCAGUGAACAUCCCUCUCAGACAGACAUUGGCAGCACAGCUAAGGAAAUUCUAGGAAACAAGGCAAAGGCCUCCAUCUCCAAAGUGAUAAAUGUAUUUUCAUGUAAGCAGAAUAGAAACAUACCUUUCAUGUGGGAAUUCAUUUCAUUCAUUGUAUUUUGAAGACUUCUUUAUUCAGAGCCAAUAUCACAAAUAACAUUUAUGAGCUCUUAAAAAAAGUGUAAUUUAUGUAAUUGUUGCUUCCUUUAACCUGGGAAGAAUUCACAUUGCAUUUCUGUUUCUGGUUUCACAAAGGCAUUAGAAGAAACAGAACAGAUUCUAAGACAACGGAUAAUGCUCUUAAUCUUAAAGUUGGUUGUAAUAAUCUACUGAGAAGCCUCCAUGUAAACUUGAAAGGAAAACAACCCAGGCAAACUCUGGUUUGAGGUUUUCUAUUGCAUUAAUUCACCAAAAAUAUCAGUUGCCUCAAAUAGGCAGUGUGUUAGUAAUAAUUACAACCAUUCAGUCAGACCCUCAUUGGCAUUAGCCCUUGUGAUUUAAACACGUGCAAUUCACCCAACAUGUAAAAUGUAACAUGAAUAAAGAUUCAGUGGUUCUUCUUUUGGUUUC